GCUUGGGCCUCGGCGAGAAUGUCUCCCAGUUGGCCAGCCAGCUCUUUCGCUUCGGCAGCAAAAAGCGACCAGGUGUCUGCAUCUGCAAUGCCCAAUGUCGCCUCCAAUCGCUGGCCGAGACGCAAGGAGGAAGCCUGGGAGCCACCGCCAUCAAGUCGCAUCACGGCAGCCUGGAUAGGUUGCUCCAGAAGGGAGAAGGACCCCCCACCAGUGGCGAACGCUCGAUAAGCUGGGUGGUGGAUGGUGGUGCCGCGGGUUCGGGUGCCCUGCUCAAUGCCUCCUCCGACGAGAGUGAUGACAAGAAAAAGAAACUAGAUGAGGAGUCGCGCAACCAACUGCCGCCCCCGCCACGCCCACCCUCGCGUUCCCACUCGAAGCCCACGGCGAAGGAGGAAUUCGAUCGGGGCGUUGAGGUGGAGAAGUUCUAUCACCAGAUCAACGGCGACAUCUUCGAGAUCACGCGGCGGGUGAGGGCACGCGAUGAGGAGACCAUGGAGCAAAAGUGCAUCCGACGGAAGGGUUCGGUGAGGCUCACAGAACCCACUGGUAGUGGUCAUGCCCAUGUGCGCAUCGAGCAGAGACCUCAGCUUCCGCCGAGGAGGCAGAAGAGCGCCGAGGAGGUGGCCACCAUGUCAAAGAGUGCGCUUCGUCAGCCGCCGGAGCAACUGGAAUGGUUUGAUCGCCGGGCCCAGCAGCGUCACUCCGCCAGGUCGGCAGAGGGUGGAUCGCAGGUUCGUGAGGAGACCAUGGAGUGGCUGAAGCUGCAGAAGAGCGCCGCCAGUCCCGCUAGCCAACAGCCGCCGGUGCGCACCUCCUCGGGUCCCUCGGAGAUAACGGUGCUCAAGGACGAGCUGCCCGACUGGCUGUUGGAUCAUCUGCCGCGUAAAAAGGAAAGGGAACGCCUGCCCUCGGAUGCCACCGACAAGGCAGUGGGCUCCGCCUAUGCCAAGGCUCUGUCGGAGCUGCUGAAGAAACCCCUCUCCCGUCAGAGUUCCGGCCCCUGUGAGUUUUCCCUCCUAAAAACCGACAUUGUGGAGUGGCUCACCAAGAUGCAGGGCAGCAGCAGCAGUGGAGGAGCCGCCAAGUCCCGACGAUCCCAUCAUCGCCGCAAUGGCAGCGGUGGCGAUGCCCAGCCCCGUUCCAAUUCCCAGGAGGAUGCCCAGAAUCAGUCAAAGACCAGCCAUCGCAAGAGGCACUCCCUCGGCCACAGUGGAGCGGCCAGCGAGGAGGAGCCGCAGCAGCAGCAGCAGCCACAGCUCACUGCCGAUUGGAUAGCCUAUCCGCUGCACAAGCUGCAGUCGCAGGGCAAGCAGGUGACCCAGCCGCUGGAACGGGUCACCAUUCCCAGUGGCUAUGCGGUGCCCAGUGCCCUGUCGCACACUCCUUUGUGCCAGCGGCGGGAGGAGCGUUCGCGGGAGCGGAGACUGCGUCAUUCGGCCAGCGAGGUGGUGGGGACAGCUAGUACAGCCACCUCGAACACCGCCCACCUGGAACGACUGUAUGCCAAGCCGCACAAGGAACGCUAUCAAUAUGUGCCGAAGGCCAAGGAGUCUAGUAGCGGUGGUGGUGGUGGCAGCAGGAAGGAGCGCUCCCGGCGCCACCAGACCCAGAGAUCGGCCACCGUCUCCGACAUGUCCGCCCAGCGAGGAUCCGGUGGCCACAAGCGCAAGUCCUCGAGCGCCGAACGGGCGCCACGCUCGCCAUCGCCAGGACCCUGCACCGAUCCCGAUUGUCCACUGCUGCCCAUCUGCACGGAUCCGCACUGCCGCUACCAGGAGUGCCAGGCGAGGCAGUGCAUCACGUCGUCCGUGAGCUCGGUGAAUCUGGCGAGGCAUCAGCAGCUGGCUCAGGUGCAACUGCAUGCGGUGCCGACUCAUCUGGUCGGAGCCAUGGGUUCGGAUGUGCCAACGACACCCUCGACCACGGCCACGCCACCACCGCCUCCACCUCCUGCCGCCAGUAGUGGGAUCUUGGGAACGGGAGUGGCUAGCGAACGCCGGCUGGUCAUCUGCCACGACUGCCGGUCGUGUGCCCCGCUACUCAGCUGCCGGAAUCGCAAAUGCCUCAAUGCCGCCAAGUGCAACUCACUGCCUCGCUGUGCCGCCGACUUCAAUCGGCUGCGCACCCAGCUGGCCCAGCCGCCCACCACACUGGAUGACAUUGAGCCGGCGCCCCUUGAACUGGAUUUGGAGAUGCAGCCACUGCCCUCGCCGCCGCAUCCUCCGCAUCCGCAUCAUCACUAUCGCAGCAAUUCCCAGCCAAAUACUUUGCAGCGCGGCGAUUCGGCCAGUUCUGCAGGAGGAGGAGGAGGAGCAAGAGGAGCAGGAGCAGGAGCAGGAUUUGGAGAAGCUCCGGUGCUCGGCUGGCUGGAGCCCACAACCACACUAGUGCAACCACUGCCCGCCUAUGUGCACCACUCGAAUGGCAAGCUGAUGAAGUCCGCCUCGGCAGCCUCGCUGAAUUCGCGGCGAAGGCGCCACAAAACCGUGCACUUUGGCGAGAAUCUCCUGCGGGAGGUGUGCCAGAACAGGAAGCUCAUCAAGACGGAGGCCCAGGUGCCCUCCGGGUCGGCGCCCAUGAAGGCCAACAUCCAAAUGCUGUACAACUUUGUUGAGGGCGUGCUGAGUGCCUGGGUGGACGACGACGAGGGCGAGGUGCGUUCGGGGGCGGAAUCGGAACCGGAGCAUGGGGUGGUGCCCAUGCAGCCGAUCCACAGAUGCAACCGCCUGCGCUACCAGUGCAUCCGGCGCGUCGUCGAGGAGGCCGCCGAUCUCCAGGGCACCCUCAAGCUGGGCAACUCCCGUUAUCGCCAUCGCCAUUGGCGCAGCACCGCCAAGCAGUGCAACGAAAUGUUCCUUCGCAAGAUUUCGGACGAUGAUCGAAUGAGCCUAACUACCGCCGUUUCGGAUGAAGAUGAUGGGGAAAGUGUCAUGGCGUCACCAUACAAAGCAAAGGCCACUGGCACCGCUGCAUCCUCGUUCAAUUGCACGGGAGCUGUUCGCAAAGCCGGCUUCCUAUCGGUAAAGAAAUGGUUACUACGCAAGAAGCACCAGAUCGAGCUGGCAAGAAAGCGGGGCUGGAAGGGCUACUGGGUGUGCCUGAAGGGCACCACGCUGCUCUUCUAUCCGUGCGAUUCCCGGGAGGGCCGGAGUGUGGAGGCGGCGCCCAAGCACUUGAUUAUCGUGGACGGUGCAAUUAUGCAACCGAUACCCGAGCAUCCCAAACGCGACUACAUCUUCUGUCUGAGCACGGCGUUCGGCGAUGCCUAUCUCUUCCAGGCGCCCUGUCAGGUGGAGUUGGAGAACUGGGUGAAUAGCAUUCACAGCGCCUGUGCCGCCGCCUUUGCCAGGCAUCGUGGAAAAACUGGAACGCUUCACCUGCUCCAGGAGGAGAUCUUCCGGCUGGAGAAGGCCAUUGAGUCGGAUCACAAGCUGAAGCACAUGGCCGAACUGCAGCAAUCAGUUGUCACCGAUCAGGAGACGCGUCAUCAGAUCCAGACGCAGAUACUGCAGUGGGAGGAGAAUCUGGAGCGGCUCCACUGCGAGCAGUUCCGGCUGCGCUGCUACAUGGCCUCGCUGCAAAGUGGCGAGCUGCCCAAUCCGAAGUCGCUGCUGACUCACGUGUCGCGUCCCACGAAGAACACGCUGAACAAGCUGGGCGUGUUCACGGUCUCCUCGUUCCACGCCUUCAUCUGCGCCCGCUCGCCCUCGCUGCUCAAUAACCUGCUCGCCGGACGCGGGGCCACCAAGCGGCGACCGCCGAUGCUGUCGCGGUCCAACAGCGGCUCCAGUCGUCGCUCCAUGCAGAUGAAUUCACGUGACGAACCGGAAAAAACUUUCAAAGUUGCAAUGCCCGACAAUGCUUACUCGACAGUUUAUCUACGUGAUGCCAUGUCUGUGGAGGAAUUCCUCGCCAGCGCCUGCGCCCGUCGCAACCUCAAUCCCAUGGAGCACUUUGUGCGCGUCAAGAAGCGACGUGACAUGGAGGAUCACAAUUACUUUGUGCCGCAUCGCAACGAUCUGAUUGAAAAUUAUCUACAUAAUCACGAGUUCGUGGAGGUCUGCAUGAAGAUCCUGUACCAGGUGGAGCUGCAGCGCACCACUCUGGAGCAGAUGUGGGGCUUCUCCGUGGAGGCGGAGCUGAUCGAGAACGCGGAGCGCCAGGACGAGCUGUGCUGCUACGUGAGUCGCGUGGAGGACAAGAGUGUGGCCAUGCACAAUGGCAUUAUCAAAGGAGACGAAAUAAUGGUCAUCAAUGGCGCAAUUGUGUCCGAUCUAGAUAUGAUGUACUUGGAGAGCGUCCUGCAGGAGGAACAAUCGCUCAGCAUGAUGAUGCGGUCUUCGCGCACAGAGCCACCAGAUCUAGUGGGGAUCAUGAGGGUUACGGACGAUAUGAUUGACUCGCUCGUUUGCCCGCCGCCACCCACAGAUCCGCCGGUGAUGAGCGAGGAGAUGAUAACUGGACUGAUUGUUCCGGCCCCCGGUUGGAAUGGCACUAGCAAGGAUUUGUACUCGCCGGAGGCGGAAAGCUCGCCGGCCACCUCCUUUGUGGAUCCCGUCGCCAUGGCCGCCCAGCUGGCGGUGGGCGGCGGGGGCGUGGUCGUGGGCGGACUGGGCGUGGCCAAGCCAACGUCGCGUACGAGCAGCUUUGAGAUUGAGAAUCUGCUAAAGACCGCGGAGCAAGUUACCGGAUUUUGUCGUUCACCCCAGGAAACACGGAAAUCGAGCCCCACCGGCUCGGUCACCUCGUCGGUGUCGACCACGGCAUUAACCCCAUCACGGCAGCUGACCGAUGCGGAGAAGCUGCGCAAAGUCGUCAUGGAGCUGGUGGACACGGAACGGACCUAUGUGAAGCACUUGAACAAUCUGCUCGAACACUAUCUGGAGCCCAUGAAGCGCGAGACAUUCCUCUCCAAUGCCGAGAUCAACGCUCUGUUCGGCAACAUCCACGAGAUCGUCACAUUCCAGCGACAGUUCCUGCAGAAUCUGGAGGAGUCCCUGGACUUGGAGCCGGAGUUCAACAAGUUCGAGCAUUGCGGGCAGUUUAGGAAUGUGCUCUUUGCAAUUGGCUCGGCCUUCUUGUACUACGUCAACCACUUCAAGCUGUAUUCCUCCUUCUGUGCCAGUCACAGCAAGGCACAGAAAGUCCUGCAUCCAAACGAGGGCAAUCACGCCCUGCAGGAGUUCCUGGCCGCCCGGAAUCCCAAGCAGCAGCACAGCAGCACCCUGGAAUCGUAUCUGAUCAAGCCCAUUCAGCGCAUCCUCAAGUAUCCUCUGCUCCUGCAGCAGAUGCGCAACCUAACAGACACCCGGGCCGAUGAGCAUGUGCAUCUUUGCGAGGCACUCAAGGGCAUGGAAAAGGUGGCCGAGCACAUCAACGAGAUGCAGCGCAUCCAUGAGGAGUAUGGAGCCAUUUUCGAUCACCUGUUCCGGCAGCACCAAAAGUCCUGCAAACAACCCAUUGAUCUGAGUCCAGGAGAUCUCCUCUACUAUGGUGGAGUUGAGUGGCUUAACAUAUCGGACUUUCUGGGCAAGAUUAAGAAGGGACUGGAGCUACAUGCCAUGUGCUUUGUGUUCAAGUCGGCGGUGGUGUUCCUCUGCAAGGAGCGGCUGCGUCAGAAGAAGAAGUUAAUGGGCGUGUCCAGCAAGAAUGCCACCAAUGAGGUGGAGAUCAUUCGAUACCAGGUGCUCAUACCCGUCACCGAGGUCCAAGUGCGCGCCAGUUCGGCCAAGGACAUGGACUCGCACUUCCUGUGGGAGCUCAUCCACCUGCGCUCCCAGCUGCAACGCCGCUCCGAGAAGGUCUACGUGCUGUCCAACAGCACCGCCGACUUCCGCAACGCCUUCCUGAAGACCAUUCGCCAGAUCAUCCGCGAGAGCGUCCGGAACAUGUCAAUUCCGAUGAAGAACUUUGGCGGCAGCUCCGGCUCCGUCUCCGGCCACUCCUCGCAGGGAAUGGGCAGCAUGCACGGCUAUGCGGGCAACUCCCAGACGCUGGAACGACCCAAGCAGCAGAUCACCAUUGUGCAUGGCUCGCACACUCUGGGCAAACCGAAGAAGAAGUCGGGAUCACAGCGCCAUUCGGCUGGCAACAUUGACUAUGACAAUUUGUCGGGCAGCCAGGAGGCGGACGACCUGCCGCCCAGUGUGGGAGGCGUGGUGCACUACGCCUCCGGCCACGCCCACGGGCAGCAGAUGCAGCCAACGGUUGUCUUUCGUGGUCGCAGCAAGGCGGUGGGCGAUGUAACAGAAUCCCCCUGCUCCUCCCCAGAUCCCCAACAGCAGCAGCAGCAGCAACAACAGCAACAGCAGAUGCAGCAAGGACACGCCCAUGCCCACCCACAUCCCCAUCCGCAUCCUCGGGAGCCACCGCCGCCACCCAUCAGGCAGCCGCAUCUGCACCACCACAGCUCGGACAUCGAGAGGAUCGAUCCCGGAACGAAAUCGGAGGGCGAGGAGGACUCGCAGCAGUGCACAAUCAGGCCCAAGGCCACCCUGGGUCGAACACCCAAUCACCUGACGCUGAGCACCACAUCGACGCUCUCGGUGGGCAGCACCGGCAGCCAGGCGCGCCUCAUCCAGUCGUCGCAUCCGCCGGCCAGUUACCAGCCGGUGCUGAUGAAGGACCUAGGUAAGCCCAGCCCGGAUGAAUCGGAGCUCGAGUCGGAGUCGGAGGCGCAUGCCGUCCAGGUGGCGGCCUCCUUUAACCUAAGUCUAGGCAGUAGUGGUAGCUUGUUUGCCUCCGAUCCCCGAGAUAAUCAGAAUCAGAAUCAGACACAGUCCCAAGUCCACUUCCAAACCCAAUCCCAAUCCCACUCCCUGCAUCCUUCGCCCCGUCAGUCGCCGCGUCAGUCGCCGCGACAGUCGCCCAAGCAGGAUAUCGAGGUGAUCGAGAUCUUCGAGAGCGAGGCGGAGCGACUGGCCGCCUCCCAGCAGGUGGCCGUCGUCCACCAGUAUCCGGCGGGCCAGGCCAGGGAUUCGGGGCAUAAACAGCAGCGACGUGAACGCAACCUCCCGACCGAAACGGACGCCACGGCGCGGUUCAUGGACAAGCAUCUGAGUGACCUCGAACAGGAGAACCUGGCCGACGGCACCUGUGACAUUGUGGCCUACAUGGAGAGCCUGCGUGAGAAGGCCUUUGACCCACAGGAUCUCACCGAGGAUCCCGGGGAUCAGCAGCAGAAUGACUCUAGUUUGUCGCCGGAACCUCAGACCAUCGUGGAGAAUACCCAGACGCAGACGGUGGUGGUGGUGGACAUUGAGUCGCCAUCCCGACCAGCCACCGAAUCGGAUAGCACUGGCACUACCACGGGUCCCUCGGAGAGAUCAGGCGAUGAAACGGAGGAGGAGGUAACCACCACCAGUUCGCUGGCCUCGCACAUUGUUGUGAUUGACAAGAAGGUGGACAAGAUCUUCAAGGCCAAGUCGCCGGAGCGACCUGCCUCGACCAAGGUGAAAAGUGGAGGCAGGCGGCAGAUAUACAUCUCCCCGGAUCGCUGCAAGUCCCAGGGAAGCUCACCGGUGAGGAUCAUCAAGAUCAAGUCACCGCGCACCAGUUUGAGUGACCAGGGCAAGCGACUGAGUGUGUGCUCCUCUAGGGAAAAUUCCCAGGAUCGCCUUUCGACUGGCCGCAGGACACCCUCGCCUCGUCGCUCCUCCGAAGGGGGUGGGAUCUUAAAGCACACCAGUGGUCCAGCUGCUGGAAUCCUAAAGCCACCUUCCAGUCCUGCGAAGUCAAAGAGCCCAGACAGGAGUUGCCUCAAGAAGGGCGGCCCUUCGCAUGUGUGCAGCGUGGAAACACUUUCACCGCGGGUUUCGCCCCGAGGCAGCAUGGAUCACCUGUCGCCGGACAGGUGUCUGCGUCACUCGCCGCGCAGCAGCUUCGAUAGCCACGGCGAAUCGGAUCACAACUUGGAUGUGCCCCAUGGCAGUCGGAAGCGCAGCAUGUCCGCGCACGGAAGCUUCGAGACGGGCACGCGCCCGAGGGCCCAGGAAUCGUAUCAAUACUAUCCGGUGUAUGAUAACCAGACGUGCAGCGAUCACUAUGUGGCUGCCGCUCCCACGGGUCGCUAUGGCGGUGCCUCGAGUAGCCGGAACAGGCUGAGCAAAUCCCUGGAGCGUUCCACUUCGCGGGACAGCACCACCACCAGUAGCUCCUAUGGCCAGAGAACCUAUGGCGUUUCCCCCGAACGCAACUAUGUGGUGUACAGUUCGGGGCCACUGCGUUCGCAGUCUGCCGAGAAUACCUUCUCCUCGCAGCCCAUAUAUGAUCCAUUGCCCAGGCAUCCUCCCCAGCCACUGCAUCAGCCACCACAGAUGCAUCAUCAACAGCAGCAGCAAUAUGUGAGCUAUGCCCCCGAAAUGGGAGUGGGUUAUACAGGCUGCCAGCAUGAACCGCAGAGUGGAGCAGGCUACCAACUCAGCUCCUCGGCACCGGAGUACACCACUUGCAUCGACUGUCUGUACCAGAAGAGACCCUCCUAGCAUAAGUCCCGCGUGCGGCAGAGUCGCACGCGGAAGAAGACGCCCCGUGGAAUGGUGGUGGUCAGUGCCCAGCCGACGGCCACCGGGGGCAUAGGAUUUGUGCCCGAGAUGGGCUCAAGCGAUGGCGGAGGCCCCGGCGGUUGUGUCGACUGUCACGACUACUUCGAGAUCCAUGUCUAAAAGGAUAAGAACUUCUACCACUAAAGACCUCCACUAUUUUGCAAACCAAAGAUAACAGCCGAACAACCCGAAAUGCCUCAACAUAAACUAAUUUUAACCGAACUCAGCUCAGAUAUACGUAAACUCACAAAGCAAACUAAAUAAAAAGAUAACCGAACGAACGAACACGAACUUCCAACACAAGGGAUUGAAAUCAAAGAGACAGUAUAUACAAUCUACUUACUAAAAUCUAAUAACUAAAAAAAAGGCACUCUUAAAUUAAAUAGCAAAUGAAAUGUUAGCAUACCCAGUAACCGUAUCCGUAUCCUCGUAUUCGUUGUGUAAGUGUUAGCCGUAAGUCACCGAACCUGGGCGAAAGUAGUUAGCUCUUUUAGCGCAGCAUAUGUAGUUCAUACCGAAAACUAAUCAAAGGACGGGUGGGGGGUUACUAAUCCCGGGUGGAAAGGGAAAUGGAAAAGGUUGCAUAAUGGGUGUGUGCCACCGUUUUCCAGUUAAUUAUUUAAGUUGCAGCCGAGUUGAGCGCGAACAUUUCGCCGUGAUUUACACACUCAUGCUUACACUUACACACUUACACUUAUACACCCCACACCCCACACCCACACAUUAACAAACAAAAUGGCGGAAGUUCCGCUCGCCUCGGGUGGCAAGUAGAAAUAUUACGUAUACGCCGCGUUGCACACACAAUACUCAAGUGCCGUAAUUACGAGGGCAAACAACAGAAAAGAGCAGCAGCAGCAGCAACUAAAACUAAAGUUGAAAUUCAUACUCGCACUCAAGUAAACUACUAAGAGACAGGCAGACAAACAAAUGGCAAACUCAACUUGAAACAUAGAUGGGAAAAAUAAGACAGUCAGGAGCAGAUAGAAAAAAAAUGAGAAAGAAAACUACCUACGUAUAUGCACUCCAAACACAAACACACACAGGUAAAAAGUUCGUGAAAAGUCGCUAACUAACUAUUAGCAGAGGGAAGAGGCAAAGCGGAAAAGCUGGAAAAGGGGUAGGGAAACUGUGUCACUUCCGCAAAUGAAAUCAAAAAUUUUUAAUUACCCAUCUGGCGAAAUGGAUCUGCUACUGAGCUGGGCUUUGGGUCGAAAGCCAACAUUCCAGGGGUUAACAUAACAUAUACCUAACAAGAGUAUACCUAUUGAUAUGGGGAUUAUUUACAUAGAGGGCAAGGCAAAAUGCAAAAAGAAAACUAGUAAAAUCAAAAUAAAAAGCAAACAUUAGUUAGUUAGAAAAUUUUGCCAAUUUGCACGUUUGUGCUAACGGGCAUCGGUGUGUACCAAUAAUGUUGUGACAAAUAAUUUGCAUAUAUGCAUAUGGUUUUUUGUAUGAUUUUUAUAGGUUUUUUAUAGAUAUAAACAAAUAUACAUGCAUAUACAAGUCGACGGGCAAAUCAAAUGUAACAUUUUCCGCAUGGGUUUUCCACCACAUUUCCGUUUCGCAUUCGCAUUCCACUUAAAUCAGCAAAACUACAAAAAAUACAAUAAACGGAAUACAAAUCAAAAGGCGGUGGUGUAUUCAAAAAGAGAAUGAUAAUCGUAAGUCGUACCUCAAUGUUCAGAAAUGGGUAAUCAUAUUAUAUGUACACUUAGGUAGCUACGGAAAUACGCGUAUAUGUAUAAUCAUCUCCUCCUUUUUCGAGGCGAC